AAAUAACCCUAUCCGCCCACCCUCUCCAUCUCCAGCGGGCUGCUUAUAUUCUACAGCUUUACUUAUCUUCGCUUCCAUGGCGAUUCCUUGCUCUGCUUCACUUCACUGCAGCUGAGAAAUCCACGUGCUCACCUCUCGGUUCAUUGGCUUCUCACAUUCCGCCAUCGCAGGCCUUCAAGCUCUUACUCGACUUAGUCUGAUCAUAGAAAUCUAAGUUUUUCCAGGUGCAGGGUGCAAAACCUGGAGUUAUGAUGAUCAGAGGCCAUACUGGUGUGGUAAAACCUAAUUUUUCCAUCAUGUUACUCGAGAUGCCUACCCUUAAAUGUCACAAAUUCAAAUUUGAUACGACAUCAACUUUUCAAACGUCUCCUAACCAUGAGAAAAGGAGGGGUUUGAUUACAAAGUUACAGUACUCUCGUGGUGAUUGGAGAACAGUAUCCAAAUCACUGCAUUCUACUAUUACAUCAAAGCCUUACAGUUCUAAAGUGGGUAGAAAAGAGGGAAGUGCUUCAUCGUUAUAUAGUCGCCCUAGCUUAGUGGAAAUGAAGAAUGUGAGACAGGAAAAUCGUGCAAAGGUUUACGAGUUCUUGCGUGGAAUUGGUAUUGUUCCUGAUGAACUUGAUGGAUUGGAGCUUCCAGUAACAGUUGAUGUUAUGAAGGAACGUGUCGAUUUUCUUCUCAAACUAGGACUUACCAUUGAAGAUAUAAAUAACUACCCCCUUGUUCUUGGCUGCAGUGUUAAGAAAAAUAUGGUACCAGUACUUGAUUACCUUGGUAAAUUGGGUGUUAGGAAAUCUACUUUCACCGAGUUUUUAAGAAGGUAUCCGCAAGUCCUCCAUUCCAGCGUCGUUGUGGACCUUGGUCCAGUAGUCAAAUAUCUUCAGGGCAUGGAUAUUAAACCAAGUGAUAUCCCGCGCGUUCUUGAGAGAUAUCCAGAAGUAUUGGGGUUUAAGCUCGAGGGAACCAUGAGCACUUCAGUGGCAUACUUGGUAGGAAUCGGAGUGGCAAGAAGAGAAAUCGGAGGGGUUUUAACCAAGUACCCUGAAAUUUUGGGAAUGAGGGUUGCUCGGGUAAUCAAGCCUUUCGUAGAAUAUCUUGAAAGUUUGGGAAUUCCAAGAUUAGCCGUGGCUAGGUUAAUAGAGAAACGACCACAUAUUCUCGGGUUCGGAUUGGAAAAAAGGGUCAAACCCAACAUCCAAUUGCUCUUGGAGUUUAAUGUGAGAGAAGCAUAUCUUUCUUCUAUAGUUGCACAGUAUGCCGAGAUCAUAGGAAUGGACCUUGAGACUAAGCUUCCAAGUCAAAGGAACUUACUAAAAUCAAUAAUCGAAUUGGAUAACGAUAACUUCGGCACUAUAAUUGAAAAGAUGCCACAAGUUGUUAGCCUUAGCAGUUCAGCUGUGAACAGCCAUGUCGAUUGCUUAAAAAGUUGUGGGUUUUCCUUGCAGCAAGUAAAGAACAUGGUUAUAGGUUGUCCCCAGUUGCUUGCAUUGAAUCUUGACAUAAUGAAACACAGCUUUCAGUUCUUCCAAAAGGAGAUGGGAAGGCCUUUAGACGAUCUGGUCGCUUUUCCUGCGUUCUUUACGUAUGGUCUGGAGUCCACAAUAAAGCCUAGACAUAGGAAGGUUGUACAGAAGGGAGUUACCUGUUCUCUUUCAUGGCUCCUCAAUUGUUCCGAUGAAAAGUUCGCUGAAAGGAUGACCUACGACACCAUAGAUAUGGAGGAGAUGGAAACUGCACCAACGUUCGAUAUGAGUUCUCUUACACAACCCCGGUAUGAUGAAUCGGAUUCUGACUAUGAAGAGGACAGCGAGGAGGAGACUUAACGGGCUAUUGUCUUGGCUUCGGAAAUGGUUUCGACUGGAGGGGAGUGGUUAUUUUUGCCAAUUUAUGGAUCUCGUUAGAGUCGGCAACAAGUUUUGAAAAGUUAAAUGCGGCCAGGCUACAUGGAAACAAGAGAAAAUGAGCAAAGGAGGAAGUCCUUGAUUCAGGGCAGACACUGUUAGAGAAAGGGGAAGAACAGUUUAAAAGUUUGCUAUGAAAUCUGAAAGGAAGGGAAGGAUUUGAGGCUUAAAGAGGUGUAGCAUCAUGAGUUUUGUUAUGAACAAAGGUUGAUGAGCUGAAAAUUAUAUGUAGCAUUUGUUUAGAUCUGAGAAAUUAAUGUAUUGUAGGGGAUUAUGAGUUUAUGCAGCUUUUGUAGUUUUGUAA